UCUGUGUUAAACGGGCGCAUAUUUUCACUUUUGCUCUUGUGCUGUACCUCGGCGAAGAGCAACAAUAACACACGGAGGAUUAUGGAGCAAUAAAUGACAGUAAAUGUGUAUUGAUCGUUUGAGGCGGUCUUACUGUCCUUCAUAAAACCUCGGAGUGGAAUUGACGGCAAAAAUGGUGAUCAAAAAGAUCUACAUAAGCGUGGGCUACUCGUGUGUCGGGAUGUUGGUGGGAUUUUCGGCGUUUCUAGUGUGGAACAUCGCUUACAAACAGCCGUGGACCGCCGCGAUGGGUGGAUUAUCAGGUGUUAUGGCACUAUGGGCUCUGGUCACACAUAUAAUGUACCUUCAGGACUUCUGGAGAACAUGGUUAAAGGGACUGAAGUUCUUCCUGGUCAUCGGCGUCAUCUUCUCAGUGUUGUCCAUCGUGGCGUUCAUCUCUUUCCUCUGUGUCGCCAUCUCCCGCAAACAAUCUCUCAAAGAUCCCACCAGUCUGUACCUGUCAUGUGUGUGGAGCUUCAUGAGUUUAAAGUGGGCAUUUCUGCUGGCCCUAUAUUCUCAUCGAUAUCGCAAAGAAUUUGCAGACAUCGCCAUCCUCAGUGACUUUUAAAUAUACACACAAUAACACACUCGUGCCCACAGACGAACAAGUAAAUAAGUGUACAACAUGCUUGGCUGUUACCAUUUAAAAUGGACCAGGAACACUCAACGAGGAGAGUUUGUCUUUUUAGUAAAUCAAGACGUUAGUGUACCACUUCUCUCUCUUUCUGCUAUUGUCUGUCCUGGAUGAUUUUACAUUUUGGACUUUUUAAUAUCCAUGAUCAAAACUUUUGAAACCUUUUCACUUUUCAGUAUGUAUGGUUUAUACUUUGCAUUUCUGAAUGAGGUAUUAAGACGAGUCUUUUGUCUUUCUCCUUGCUGCUCUUCUCUUGAAUGUCUCACUAUGGGAUAAGUGACAGGUUUCUGUUAAGCUGGUGCGUUUUCUCCUGCUCUUGCACAGCAUUUAGGUAACUAUCUAUUGGUUUUUAAAAUAAGCACUUUAUUGUCUAUAAAAUGUGGUAUAACCAAUCACAAACCUUUUUCAUGUGGGAAUUUUUGAGGCUUUACUGGCAAGGGAUGUUAUGUGGAAAGCCUAAAUUCUCUUCUUGUUUGUACUUUGAUGACCCCAAAGCAUUAGAGAGCAACACAAUUGAAUGAUAUGAAUGAUUUGUGUAGCAUUUGUUUUUCACAAGACAAACAGGGUUAGAGAUUUUAAUGUCUGUCACCUGUUAGUGUUGGUUAGUAUUAUUUCUGCAUGCAUGUGUCUUAUAUUAAGUUGAGCCUUUUAUAUAUACACAAAAUAUUAUAAUACUGUUAGAACGUGAUUUUUGCUUUUGCCUCACAUAUCAGGCACAUUUGUGAACAUCUCCAUUAUAUUGUAUUAUGAAAUCAGUAACUUUAUGUAUUUGUCAGUGACCAAUUAAUAAAAUAACAUGAUACAUUA